GAAAUGCUUCUCGUCACUGGCUGUGUAUUGUUUGUUUUCUCUCUCUAACGUAACAUCGCAUCGCGUCUCAUUUCCCGUCCGGAUCUUUUGCUGUCGGCGCUGAUGAUGAUCAGCAAAGUUAAAAACGCCAUGUCCACUCUGGUGGGAGGGAUGAUGCCGCACGGACACCACCACCACCACCACCACAACCAUCACUCAGGUGGUGGCCAGACCUGUGGACCGGACAGCCUGCCGCCGCGCUUCCCCUACGGCCGGCCGGAUUUCUUGGACCUCACCCCGGAGCUCCUGCAGUACUCCACCGAGCACGCGUCACGGCCGGUGCUCACGUUAAAGAGAGACAGCAGGCUUCCCUGGCGGACAGGAUACGCAGAGGUGAUCAAUGCGGGGAAGAGCAUGCUGAAUGAGGACCAGGCCUCUUGUGAGAAAUUGUUUGUGAAGAAGCCGAGCAGCAAACAGCGCAACUCCUCCCUGCUGGAGGACAAUGGGGAUGGCACAGGAAUCCCUCUUCACUUUUGGGGCGUAUAUGAUGGACACGCAGGUUCUGGCGCUGCCAUCAUGGCCUCCAAGCUUCUUCACCGCCUCAUUAGAGACCGUUUGGGAGAAAUCUUCCACCUGCUGGAGAACCCCACCAGUGCACCUCCUAUCUGCCUAGCCAAGAACGGCAGCCCGUACCAGGUGGACACCAAGAAGGGAGCUGCACAGGAAACAGAAGACCCCGAUGCUGUCAACGACUCCUCAUUACGCUUUCAUAUGGAGAAGGUUGUCAGUUUGGAGAGCCUGGUGAUGGGAGUCAUAGAAACCGCCUUCACACAGAUGGAUGACCUAAUUGAAAAGGAAAAAUUGUCAUAUACCAUCUCUGGUGGGUGUUGUGCCUUAGCUGCCAUUUAUUUAAUGGGGAAACUCUACGUUGCCAAUGCUGGAGAUAGCAGGGCCAUAAUCAUACGAAAUAAUGAAGUUAUUCCCAUGACAAAUGAAUUCACACCUGAGUCAGAGAGGCAACGGCUACAGUAUCUGGGCUUCCUGAGGCCAGAGCUCCUGGGUAAUGAGUUCACUCACAUUGAGUUCCCUCGUAGGAUUCAGCACAGUGAGCUGGGCAAAAAGAUGCUCUACAGAGACCAAACCAUGACUGGCUGGGCUUAUAAGACGAUCGUUGAAGAUGAUCUGAAAUUCCCCCUGAUAUACGGAGAGGGUAAAAAGGCACGUGUCAUGGCGACAAUCGGAGUGACCCGUGGGCUGGGAGAUCAUGAUCUGAAGGUGUACAACUCCAACAUUUACAUCAAGCCCUUCCUCUCAUGCGUCCCUGAGGUGAAGGUUUAUAAUGUGGAUGAAAACAAACACGGCCCAGACGAUGUCUUGGUCAUGGGCACAGAUGGAUUGUGGGACGUAACAACAGACAGGGAAGUGGCAGAUGCUGUGUCAGCUUACUUAUCCUGCUGUGAUCCAUCUGAUCCCAUGAGGUACACUCUGGCAGCCCAGGACCUGCUGAUGAGGUCCCGAGGCGUGCUGAAAGAGCGCGGCUGGCGGCUACCCAAUGAAAGACUGGGCUCAGGCGAUGACAUCACUGUGUUUGUCAUCCCACUGGCGGGGCGGGAGUCAGAGACAUGACAAGGUGUUGCAGCGACCGCUAUUACAGGGAUCAUGCUUUAGGGUCCUUCCCACGGUCCCUCCAAGCUCCUUAAACCCUGGACCGAUGGGGCGGCGGGAGAAGAAAACACCUUUGUCACCGGAGAAGACUCGGGUCUGAGCCGCACCUUCAUCAACCCAGACCAACACAUUCUCACUCCCAGCGCUUCGAAAAGCGACGCUUGGUCAGGUACCUUUGGCGUUGUUAGUAGUCUAU